GUGUAGUACAGGGCGCAUGGUCACUAGAUCUCAUCUGUUAUAUGGUGUUUUGCAAUGCUGCAUUUUACCUUCUACACAUCUAGUGUUUAAAAUAUGUCACCUGUCCCUUGGUAUAUGUGAGAAGAGGAAAAUACACUUGUUUCACUUAAUUUUAGCGUGCUUCCUCUGAUGAAAUGAGAAUGCAGUAUUAAUACACUCAGAUCUCUUCACCAAGUAACAGAAAUCAUUGUGAUUUGGUAUGGAGGCUUCAGAAGUUCAUGAGGGCCCAGAAUCUUCAAAAUCACUCAGUAACAGAGGAACAGAGAGAAAUGUAGAACCCACAUCAGUGGUUCCAGCUUCUUCAACUCCAGAUUUCAAAUCAGCAUGGAAAAGAAGGGCGGAGAAAAGAAAUAGACAAUGCAGAGUACGGGGACAACGAUGUGUUCGCAGUCAAUCAUUACCAGGUUGUCAGCUGAACAAAUACUCUGCUGGUGAAAUUCGACGCAUGCGUGAGCGUCUCCUGAGAACACAGAGGCACCCUGAGCCUGGAUCUAUUAGACAUUUCAGCCGUACCCAAAAACUGGCACUAACUUCUCUAGCUCUUGUUGAUUUUAUCAGUUUCUGCUCAAUGUCCAUUAUGGCACCAUUCUUUCCAAAAGAGGCUUCUCGGAAGGGGAUGUCGGAGACCAUAUCUGGCCUUGUCUUCAGUUUUUAUGCAUUAGUUAUGUUUGUUUCAUCACCAUUAUUUGGAAAGAUUUUACCUCGUGUUGGAGCAAAGUUCCUUUUUAUGUCAGGCAUGUUUGUGGCUGGAAGUUGCAACUUAUUGUUUGGGAUGUUGGUAUACAUUGAGAAUUUCCCAACCUUUACAAUAUACUGUUUUUUGGUCCGUGGGAUGGAAGCACUGGGAGCAAGCGCAUAUGCCACAGCUAGUUACGUGUUUGUGGUCGAUAUCUUCCCAGAUAACAUUGGAUCUGUUCUUGGAAUUCUUGAGACUUUUGUUGGGUUAGGAAUGAGUAUUGGACCUGCACUUGGUGGAAUUCUGUACUCGGUAGGAGGGUUUGGACUGCCCUUCUACACACUUGGGAUUCUCAUGGUAGUCAUCGUGCCUGCCAACUUGUGUUUGUUACCACCAGGGGAUGCUUGCAACAUGGAGAAGAAAAGUGGGUCACUCCUUGAGUUGAUACGAGUUCCAUCAGUGAUCAUGAUAAGCCUGGUGAUUGUGGUCAUUUCUAAUACAUGGGGUUUCCUUGACCCAACUCUAGAACCACAUUUAAGAGAGUUUCAGUUGAAUCCAGAGCACAUUGGUCUUAUCUUUCUCCUGUUCUCUUCUCUGUAUGGAGUAUUCAGUCUAAUAUGGGGUUGGCUUGCUGAUCGUUGUAACAAUCAUUGGUCCAUGAUGGUGUGGGGACUUCUUAUCUGCACUAUUGGAUUACUUCUGUUGGGUCCUUCACCUCUGCUACCUUUUCUUAAAAACACAAUUUGGUUGAACCUGGUUGCGUUAUCAGUUCUUGGAAUCUCAGUAGCACUUACACUCCUGCCAACAUUCCAGGCUGUGUUAGACAGUGCAAUUGAAGGAGGUUGCAGUGAAGAUUUAUCAACAUACAGCUUAGUAGCUGGAGUUUGGUCUUGCAUGUAUUCAUUGGGGGAAGUUACGGGACCAUCAGUAGGUGGAGUAUUAUUAGAAUACUAUGGCUUUCCAAUUUGUUCCACUGUUAUGGCCUGUGCUACUUUUGUGUUGGCACUAGUUACAUUGGUGUUCUUUGUGACAAAAGAGACUAUGCAUCAGAAUAGUAGUGACAAGAUCACUACUGACAGUGGUAUCAGUGAAUAUACAAGUUCCUGGGAUCAAGACAGGGAGCUGGAACAUGAUGGAGUGACUGGGUCAGAAUGUCAGGAGGACAGUCCUCUGCUGGCCAGCGGAUGCCCUGAUCAUGACCUAUACACCAGGGAGAAGGUUGAGUAUUAUGAGACUGCUGUUAAUGCAGAAGAGGACAAUGAUCCAGAUAGACUGUUAGAUGUAAGGAGGACUGUAGGCAUUACUGGAGGUGGUGCCUGUGAAGUUUAGGUUGCAACGAGGAAAGCAUGUUCACUGAGUGCUAAAAACGUCUAUACUCAGUGCACUGAAGAGAAGAUUAAAAGUAAGACUUUUACUACAGCAGUAGUUCCAUCAGUACUGUCUGAAAUGAAACCACACAGAAUGAAAGUUACAGAAGUGUGGAGUGAUAAGUUUUCUGUUGUUAUCUUCUCAUAUUGUCAGGAUUGUUAAUGUUCCUCAACAGUUGACAGCCAGACAUUUGAGUUCAGAUUGAACUGAACUAUAGACAGAUAAAACCAUACAACUUGUAAAGUUCAAGAGAUGGCUCUGUUCAUAUAACAACUUUGGCUCGACACGAUAACUUUUAGACUUUUUGAGCACUUUAAUACAAGCAGAAACUUUUUAUUCAUGUUAGUAAACAUUAAAAAUGCAUGCAAUAUAUUAUAAUGUUUGGUGAAUGGAGGGCUUGAACAAUAAUCUGUACACUGUCACCAGGUACCAUCACAGAAAUAGUAAAUAUUAGCCCAGUCCACUGUUCAUUAUUAAAAAUCCACAUCUUAUUGACACAUACUGAAAAGCAUGUUUGCUGUUGAAUGUAUGCAGGAUAGGGUGAAAAAUUCAUCCACAUAAUAAUUUAAAGCAGCAUUUCAGAACCUUUUUCAGUCUACAUACCCCCUAGUCCCAGAAAGAAACAUUUCUGUUGAUUUAAAGUAUGGCAGCCCUAUUGAAUUAUAAAUACUCACUAAACAAGCAUAAUUUUAAACUUAAGCUCCUCUGUCACUAGAAGGAAUAAUGUAGGCAGUUGGUUAUACUUGAUUCUUGAUAGGGAAAAGAGAAAAGUUGGUUUAAGUAGAAGUGAAAGUGUGUAAUAGUUGAUAUUUAAUUGUAUGUAUUAUCCUACUUCUUAUUUGCUCACAAAGGUUUGAGAGAUGGUAUAGAAGUGUUUGUCCGCCUUUCUAGAGUUGUGGACGCCCUUCCUCUUAACCUUUCUGUUACCACAGAUCCCCUUCCCCAAAAAUAUCUCAUACAUUUAGAUUAAAUAGAAUAAGACUACUAAAAUAUGGAUAGAAAGUAUUGUUUUUUCAUCAUGUUCUUAUUCCAAUGUGGAAGUAAAUAAUGUUAUAAAAUAAUCUUAGAAGUUGCAGGAAUACAGCAUAAGAAGAUAAAAGAGUAGAAUCUACUCAACUUGUGGACCCCUUACGCACAGCUUGCAGAUCACUGAUUGAGAAACAGUAGUGUGGAACACAUUAUGUCAAGAUCAAGUCUGCUUGACUGCCCACUUCUGUUAUUAGAAUAAAAUAAUGUGGGCUAUUAAAAGCCAGAAGGCACAAAUCUUUGAUUCUGUUAGGUGUUAUGAAAUCACAUUAUAAGGUGUUAUUAGUUGGCAUUUAAGUAAGUCUCACACUCUCAAAAGUACAAGAAGUUGCACUCCUAUGUUCUGUGCAUUUUUGCACAUAAGUUCAUAAUUGUUCCAAACUUAUGCCAGUGAAAAUGUUAAUCCCAUCUCUGACAAAGGACCUCAAGUCUUACGAAAAAAUAGAAGCAAUCUAAAAUGUGUAUUUUCUUAUAUUGUGAGGUAAUCAACACAAGCAUAUUUAUGUAUAUUUAUUUUCUGAAAUAAUUAAAAUAAAUAGUUUUUAAAACUCAUUAGUGUAGAAACUAGUGGCUGCCAAUCAUUUUUACUACUGAAAUAAAAGAGGAAAUGAUUCAAUGAAUAGGCAAAGGUAAAGAAGCAUAAAUUAUUUAAACAUGGGAAUUUAUAUUGUUAUUAGUCCAAGCAUAAAAAUUAAAAUGUAUAAAUAAUAUGGAUGUAAAUGCCUGACUGCUAGUAUAAUGAUGAAACUGAGAAGAUGUGUGUGUGAUUCAUUUUUAAUUUGUUUAUCAUUUCCUUGCCCAAACUUAUGAAAAAUUACUUUUCUGUGCUGAAUCCUUAAAAUACAGCAGCUUAAUUAUUCAUUGAUAUGACACUUUUUGUCAACAGUAUAUGUUGUAAGUUAACAGUAAAUACAUUUCUAAUGUAGAAACAAAUUAGUUUUCAGAUGGCUGUUUUCUUGGAUGUUGCACAGUGUAUUUGGUUUUCCUACUUAUAAUUUAUUUCUUAUACCUAAUGAGUUUCAGUGCACUGAUUAGAGAAUAAUAAUGAAGUCUACAUAUAUUGAUAAUACUGCAUCAUUAAAUAAGAUCAAUAUUAAAUUUAAACAAAUGAGUGAAUGAGAAUGUGGAAGGAUAUAUUAGUUGUGAACUUUUAUGUUUACAGUCCACGGUGCUUAGAUUUUUAAUUAUUAAAUUAUGUAAGUGAAUAUUAAAAGUUUUCACUUCACUGUAACAUUGAAUUUAAUAUAAUGUAAAAUGGAAAAUAUAUUUUAUUGCCAAAAUUUGUCAAUGAACAACAUGGUGUUUGCCAUGUUAGUGGAAUAAUGGCUUAAGUACAUUGUCGUGAAAUUGUGGUGUUGGAGAAAGAAGACUGAAAUCAUUAAACAGAGUGAGAAUUGGAAGGAAAUUUAAUUGCUAAAGGCAGCUAAAGAGUAGGAUUUUACUUUAUGCCCUAUUGGAUGAAAGAAACAAAAAGGACCAGAUACCAAAGCUUGUCCACAUUGCACUGCUGCUAUCACAGGGGCACUACUCAGUCUCAUUAUAAAAUCUGUGACUUGAUUUGUGGCAAACUGAUUGGCACAUAUAAUGAACAAAGUUCAUUCUGGGAGGAAAUGUGUUAUGCUUAAUUUUGAAAUCUGUAUAUGCUUCUGCAGUACAGACAGGACUGAAACUUAAGUACACUUUCUAAGUGAGUUUGCAGAAUCCUACAGCAGCAUGUACGAAAAUGACCAACUUCUGGGAUGUUGCACUGUGUAGUCUAUAUGGUGCAACAUCCCAAGUUAUGAAUGCCUCUAGUUUGUCUGAAGGCAUAUCCUGCAAGCUGAACAGUCAUGUCUAUUAUUGUACAUUGACAUUUAAAAGCCUGUUUAAAAUAAGUUGUAAGGACAUCUACAGAAUGUAAAUAUUUUACAGGAUAAAGGUUAAUUACAUUGGUUGUGCAGUAUCAUCAUCAGUUUCCUUUUAAUGUUGGGUACCUGGACAACAAAUGUAAGGAACUCGGUUGAAUGGGACAUAAGUUAGUCAAUAAAAGUGUAGUCCCCACAUUAACAAUUAAGGUCAGCCAUUGUCCAAUCAUUUGUGUGGUAGCAAAAUUAAAAUAUUAUGAAAUGUAUAAUUAUUAUUAUUUACUUGUUUAAAAGCAACAAAUGUUGAAGUGCUGUUACUAUUUAUAAUGAAUUAAUGUAAAAUUCUUCCAAAGACAUUGCAUGGUUUAAUAGCUGCACUGCAAAUGAAGUCCCUCUUUUUAAAUACUGUGAUAGUGACUAGUUAGUUUUCAUCUGAAUGUAAAGAUAAGAAUUGGAUCCUAGACUUUAUAAUUCCAUUACUCACUUCCUUGAAUAAUGAAAAUAUUAUUAUUUGUUAAACACCAAGUAAAUGUUUGCCUAAAUGUAUGUAUACAAGCCUCAGACCUGGUCUCCUGGUUUAGUUAAUACUGCAGAAGACCAGGUUUGAAGCUAGCUCUACCAGGGAGCCCAACAACUAGGAUUUCUGUCCUUUCUGUUUUACCCUAGUACAGAAGAUAUUCCAGCUUCCAAAACAUAUUUUUAAUGGACAGAGUAUAUAUAAAAACACUUUUACAGAUUAUAGUGUAAAUGGCUUGAACAUAUAAGACAUUAAUGAUUUCAGAUAUCAUCUAUCAUGCUUUCACUACCACCUUUACUAUGAUAGUACUACUAAUUUUUCCUGUUGAACAUGUUACAAAUCUUCAUUUGAAGCCAACAUUUUCCACAAGUAAGAAUGUUACAAAGACUUGGUGCUUCCUGUGUAUUGCUGGAAGAAUUACUCGUUUCUGAGAACUGCAGAAUUCAUGAUCUAUUAAUAUUGCUAAGUAUAGAUGCCAUUUCCAUCUGUUAUGAAGGAUUUUGUGCAAAUAUUCCCUUAAUCCAUUAAGGAAAUUCAACAGGCAUCUGCCUGUCUAUUUGUAAAAGUCACAUAUUUCACACAUAAAUUCUUCAGCAGAUCCUUUAGUUGCAGAAGGCCUCUCAAUAAUUUUGCUUGGUGGAUCCCUCGCACAUUUACAUUGAAAGUGUUGCGCAGUGUCAUGAUAAACUAAAACACAAAAUGACUUUUCUACUUUGGACACCAUUUAGUAAUACUACUGACGGCAGCUGCACAUGUCUGGAUUGUGCAAGAAUGCAAAUAGUUUUUGAGUUGAACUUUCAGAUGAUCACUACUACAUAUUAAAAUAAUAAAGAGAACGAUUUGUAUUUAUUAUAUUUCUGUGACUGUAAAGACAGUGAUAUCAGAAUUAUUAUAUAAUUUUUGCAUAAAUAUGUAGAUUUGGGGUAUUUCCAGUCCUGAGAUAUAAUCUCUUGAUCUUGUGAAUCUUGUAUUAACUAGAACAGGAAAGACUGAGAUUUUGUUGAAAUAUUUUUAGCUCUUUUAUUGAGUAUCACUGUAAUAUUAAGAGAUUAUGUUCUUACUGCAGCCUUUAUUUAGCAGGAUAAACAAGCUGUAACAUAUAAUUUCUUAUUCUGCCUUUAAAUAUAUGUAUUACGGUCACAAAUCUAGUAAGACUGCACUUAAAUGUAAAUAUUGUAUUACAAUGAUUGUAACAUCUGCCUUUUACAAAUUUACCUUAAAGAACAAGGAAAAAGUGAUAAAUAAUAUACUUAAUGUUCUGUUGAA